AUGCAAAUAACUUGCAAUUUUAUCGUCAUGAUCGUUUGCGAGCCCUUUAUGCUUAACCACGGUGUUCUGAUUGUUGGCUACGGUACCGAGAAGAGCAAGCCCUAUUGGAUCAUUAAGAAUUCGUGGGGUCCAAAGUGGGGUGAAAGCGGACUUUACCGAGGUAAGAACGUGUGUGGCAUUCAAGAAAUGGCCACUUCCGCUGUUAUCAACUGA